ACAAAGCUACAGAGUAAUGAUGACCGUGCCUGUGGUUUGUGUCAGAUGUCGCCACUCCCACCAUUUUUUAAUGUCAUGCUGCCUUCUUCCCUUCUCUGGACUCUUCGGUGAUAGGUGUACUUCUUCUCUCCCUUUGUCGUUUCCAAGUGUGGCGUUGCCUAAAAAGAAUAUAAACAGUGUGUAUAUGUACAUAUUGGUCUUUGGGUUGAACUUUGUACACAUGUGAAGAGCGUGGCUGUAACUGGACAGCAUUGAAUUGAAUGGGAAUAGCGUGAAUGUAUAAAAAAAAAAGAAACAUCCAUAGGCUAUAGCCAAGGCCUAACCUUUUUGGCCCCUCAACUGAAAAUAGGUUUACGUUUUAUUCUUGGGGUAGAAUGGACAAAGACUGAAUGUAUUAAAAAACAAAAUACUGCACAUAAAGUGAGUUGCAAACGGCUAGCACACACUAAAAUUGACAGCAGAGAAUAAGUGAUGGACAACCGUUGUUAGAUCUGCCUCAGCAUCCCAUGAUCUUGAUCACCCGAUCUAAGUUUGACAGCGCCUUCAAAUUCAGGUGUUGUUCUAAUAUUGGGAUAGAGAGAGUAUACAGACAGUAAGGAAUGGCGUGCGGAUUCAUAGGAAGAUUGUUCGUGUGGGUUAUUAUCUUACACAUGAUAUUUGAGAAUGUGAUGAGUAUAAACAAGGACGGCGUUGCAUUGAUUGCAUUCAAGACCGCCAUAGUGGAAGACCCAGAAAAUGCGUUAGGCAACUGGAAUGCUUCUGAUGAGAGCCCCUGUUCAUGGUCUGGGGUGACUUGCAGCCAGAUUGGGGGCAAUAAGGAAGGUCGUGUUGUGGCGGUGAAUAUUCCCAAGAGGCAUCUUGUGGGCAUCAUCCCAUCUGUUCUGGGAUCUCUUCUUUUCCUCCGCCGUCUCAAUCUCAGGCACAAUGGCUUCAAUGGGAGCUUGCCGCUGGAGCUUUUUCAAUUGGUAAGCUUGCAGACUUUGAUUCUAAAUGGGAAUUUUCUCAGUGGUCCAUUACCCCAACAAGUAGAGAAACUCGGGUAUCUUGAAGUCCUUGACUUAUCGCAAAAUUCAUUUGUGGGGGCUAUCCCUUCCUCAAUCAACAACUGCAACAGAUUGAGGAAGCUGCUAUUGAACAACAACAAUUUCACUGGAACCAUUCCUGGAGGAUUUGGUAACAGUCUCACUUUUCUCCAACAGUUGGAUUUAUCUUACAAUCUCCUGAACGGAUCCGUUCCUCCCGAUCUUGGUAACCUAUCCCAUCUUCAAGGCACUUUAAAGCUUUCCAACAACUUCCUCUCAGGCUCGGUUCCUUCAAGUCUUGGUAACCUCCCUGAAAAGGUAAGCAUAGAUCUCACUUACAAUAGGUUGAGUGGAGCGAUUCCUGAGAAUGGAGCCCUUGCUAAUCAGGGCCCAACAGCAUUUGUUGGAAACCCUGGUCUGUGUGGGCUCCCACUGAGAAAAGCAUGCCCAUCAUCACCUCCAACGUCUACUGGCAUUCCUAAUCUACCUAAUUUAACCCCACCACACAUAACUCCGUCAAUGAGAACAGUCACCAAAAGCAAAACCCUGAGCAAAGGUGCAAUUCUGGCCAUUGUGAUUGGGGAUGUUUUAGGUUUAGCUUUGAUAAGUUUAAUUUUUCUCUUCUGCUACUGGAGAGCCACUUCAUGCCAAGACAAGGAAUCUGCAAAGGAAGAAUCGUCCAGUGGAGGAAGAAGAUUAGGUUGCCUUUGCCUUAGGAGAAGGGAGGGCUCUGAAGCCUACUCAGAGAAUGUGGAACAACUAGACCUUGUCGCAUUGGAUGGCCAGGUUGGUUAUGAUCUGGAUGAGCUUCUGAGGGCCUCUGCAUUCGUGUUGGGCAAGAGUAGUGUGGGUAUUUUAUACAAGGUUGUAUUGGAAGAUGGGCUCACAUUGGCUGUGAGGAGGCUCGGGGAAGGAGGUUCUCAGAGAUUCAAAGAUUUUCAAGUAGAAGUGGAAGCUAUAGGACGGGUUCGCCACCCCAACAUAGUUACUCUUAGAGCGUACUACUGGUCUGUAGAGGAAAAACUACUCAUCUAUGAUUACAUUCCAAAUGGCACCCUAGCCAAUGCAUUGCACGGUAAAAGUGCUGUUACUUCACCUCUAUUAUGGGCUGCCCGUCUGAAAAUUGCAAAAGGUGUUGCUAAAGGUUUGACUUAUAUCCAUGAGUGUAGCCCUAAGAAAUAUCUCCAUGGAGAUGUGAAGCCCACCAAUGUUCUUUUGGGCUUAAACAUGGAACCAUAUGUGGCAGAUUUUGGUUUGGGUCGCAUUGCAAGUAUUUCAGGAGCUCUGUCAACCAGACGCUAUGUGAUGGGCGGAGUAGGACACCCAGAGAGCAAGUGGGCACUGGAGAUGCAAUCUGGCAGUGUUCCACUAGUUGGCUUGGCGGCCCAAGGCAUAUUAAUGAGCCCUGGCUCUUCAUAUCAGGCACCGGAAGCUCCUAAAAUCUUAAAACCCACACAAAAAUGGGAUGUGUAUUCCUUUGGAGUCAUUCUUUUAGAACUGCUUUCUGGUAAGUCUCCUACCGUUCAGGUUGCUUCUUCUGAGAUGGAUUUGGUAAGGUGGGUGCAAGUUUGCAUUGAGGAGAAGAAACCUCUUCCAGAUGUUCUGGACCCUAGCUUAGUAGAAGAAUUGCACAGGGAAGAUGAAAUUUUAGGCGUGUUGAAAAUUGCUUUGAGUUGUGUUCAGGGAUCUCCUGAGAGGAGGCCAUCAAUGAAGCAUGUAUCAGAGUUGCUGGACAAAGUUGGAGGUCCUACUUAACAGAUCAAUGCCAUGCAAUGUAAUCUCCAUCUAUUUGAGUUGUAUACCUUGACCGGAAAACGCGUCAGAAAGCAUGCAUUCAAAGGCAGUUAGGAAUUGUUUUUUAAUGAAGAUGUUCCCUGGUCACUUUGAUAUGGAUCGGUACGACUUUGAGUGGUGACAAAUUUGUAAAGGGACCAGUCCAGAAUCGUGAUACUCAUAUGGACCAGUUCAGAAUCGUGAUACUCAUAUAAGGUCUCUACGGAAGCAUAAAGUUGUAUUUCUGAGCUCAUUUGUUGUAUGUAGUAUAAUGCGUCCAAUGCUGACCUGUUUCAUAAUUUCUCCUUGAGGGAUCUCCGAUCCAUCUUUGCAACCCAAGAAAAACUGUAUACAUUUUGAUUGAUAAAAGGCCUAAAUUCGAUUUUA